AUGCGCGCGGGAUGUCACUUCGAGGUGCCGCGAGAAAUUAUCCUGAAGAAAGCGGUGGUCAGUGUGAAAUCCAUGGACAAUGCGUGCUUCACGUGGUCGGUGGUCGCUGCUCUAUACCUGGCUAAAAGUCAUGCAGAUAGAAAAUCGUCGUAUCCACAUUACACAACAGUGCUGAAUUUCGCGGGUAUUGAAUUUCCGAUGACAUUAAAAGACAUUCUGAAAUUCGAACGUUUAAACGCUGUGUCAAUCAACGUGUACGGCAUCGAGAAUAAGCAGAUCCUUCCUCUGCGACUCACAGACGACAAGAAGGAGAAACACGUCAAUCUCCUGUACCUGCAAGAUCCACGCAACGACGGUGUAGGCCACUUUGCGUGGAUAAAAGAUUUGUCGCGCCUUGUGAGAUCGCAACUUACCGGGAAAAAGAACAAGAAAUAUUUCUGCGACCGAUGCCUGCACUAUUUUGGCUCAAACGAAAGAUUGCAGACGCACGAAGUGGACUGCCAAAAACUGAACGAUUGUGCCAUCCACCUGCCGAGCGAGAACGAUAGAUGGCUCGAAUUUGGAAACCACCGCAACCAGGAACGCGUUCCAUUCAUCGUCUACGCCGACCUGGAGUGCGUCCUAAGGAAGACGGAGCCCGACAAAGAAGAUGCGUCGUCGUACGAGUAUCAGCGGCACGAAGUAUUCAGCAUAGGAUACUACACCAUGGAGAAUGUGCGCAACCACGUAGACGUAAAAUUAGUAACGAAAUGGGACGGACGAUACGGUGCAGAGGCAAUGAUAGCGAAACCGAAUUGUCACAGCCGCAGCGUCUUUGCGGAGAAUCUAAUCGCCGUCGAAAUGCGCAAACUCGAGUUGAAGUUCAACAAGCCGAUUUAC